GAAUUGUGCAGCUGAGGCUUCUGGUUUGUUUUCAGCAGGGCUUCAGGCAACUGAGGAUCCUGGUGGAGAACCGUGGGCGCGUCAAUUAUGGGCUGACCCUGAACGAGCAGAGGAAAGGCUUAAUUGGUGAUGUCUUCUUGAAUAAAACCCCCUUGAGAAACUUCAAGAUUUACAGUUUGGAGAUGAAACCUGCCUUCAUGAAAAGCCUGCAGCGUGUGUCUGGCUGGAGCACAGUCCCAGAUUAUUUCGUGGGGCCGGCGUUUUUCCGAGGGAGGCUGUGGAUAGAGCACCAGCCACAGGACACCUUCCUCAAGCUACAGGGCUGGGAAAAAGGAGUGGUGUUUGUCAAUGGUCAGAACCUGGGAAGAUACUGGAAAAUUGGACCUCAGGAGACGCUUUACCUUCCUGGGCCCUGGCUCCGGAGAGGGGGCAACGAGAUCGUCAUCUUCGAGGAGCGCACGGCGGGGCGGAUCAUCCAGUCCGUGGACAUCCCUUACCUCGGCCGGACCCAGUACGUGGACUGAGGAGAGCUGGGUGCCCACCUUUGGCUCCUCCUGAAUACUCCUGGUUGCAUGUCUGGGGAUGUGAUGGCUCAGCACUCGGGCACGCUCAUCUCCACCAGAGCCAGGUGAAGGAUUUGCCCUCUGGCUGCGAGUUCAGAGGAGAGGCYGGGCCCUGGAAGGAGCAGGGCCGUUGUUCCAUGGAUGGAUGGAUGCAGCAGCUCAUCUCCCUGGACUACUGAGGCUCCCCAGCCCCGAUGGCUGCGCAUGUUCUGCACCAUCUGGUGGAUGUGGGGGAGUAAAAAGGUGCUGGAGGCAGGUGAGAGAGAGAGAGAGAGAAAG